AUGCCACGUCCAAGGGUCUCGCCCGCUCAUCGUCUCCGCGCCUACGCGGCCUGCCUCGCCUGUCGGACCUCCAAGAGACGAUGUUCAGGGACCUUUCCCUGUCCGAAUUGUGUCCAUCGCGGACAAGCUGACACCUGCGUCCCGUGCCCGCGCGAUGCUUCCGCUCCCCAGAUUCGAUACCAACCGUAUCCCACGACGGUGACGACAACGGGGCCGAGUACGGCCAAUCCGGACAUUGGGGCUCAGUCCCCUGCUUCGAUUCAGAGCUCCCAGUCGCACGGACUGGAUCCUCCCUCAGCGGGUGCUCAGCAUAGAACUCAUCCCCGGAUGCUGUGGAACCGUCAGGGAGAACGAGUCUACGUGGGCAAGGCGGCGUCGUUGUCAUUCCUGCAGCUGCUCCGCGAUACCGUCACGCAGCAUAUUGGACCCUCCCAAUUCUCGCACAAUGUCAAGAGCGAGGACAUGCUCGAAACGGAGUCCCUGCAUCAUAUUCCACCAGCUGUCGAUGAUCGUCUCGACGUGGCUCGGAAAGAAGCCUUUAUCCGUGCUUAUCUUACAGCGACAAGUGGCUUCCUCUACGUCAUCUCCGAAUCGGAGGCCCUGCAGAUCUUGGCGGAGUCCUUGGAGGCCGACAAAGAGCGGGAGAAUACCCGUUGGGCCUUCAGAGACGUCAUGAUCGCCAUUGGUGCGCAAUCAUGCAAAGGCGAUCCGACAACUGUCCAAGCAGAACGCUUCUUUUUCGCUCGAGGACAGCGUAGAGCGUUCUCGAGCAUGUUGGAGACUCCUAGUCUCGAGCUAGUGCGGUUGUUCCUUUGCAUGUCGUUUUACAUGCUCGGGGCGUGUCGUAGAAAUGCUGCAUUCAUGUAUGUCGGCGUGGCGGCCCGAGCAGCCGUGGCCCUGGGUCUGCAUCAAACCGGUCUGUCCAGCUCAAUGACCGCGAAUGAGCAGCAACAGAGAGCACGAGUGUGGAUGAGCCUUUGUGUUUUGGACCUCUUGGUCAGUUCGAUCCUCGGACGACCGCCUGCAACGUCUACUGUGCAGCUUGAGCGUGGGGAAUAUCCAUCCAAUCUCGACCUGCCUAGCAGUCGGAUCGACGCAAGUCUCGUUGCCUCGUAUCGCAUGUCGCUGAUCUUGGAUGAGAUCACCAGACAACUGUAUAGCGAAAGGGCCGCAUCUGCAGACGUAGCAGAGUCGCUGUUAGCCAAGUUGACUCGGUGGAGCGACCAGCUGCCAGAGUCAUUACUAGCAUCACCAAGCGAUGAGCAGGACCGUGCUGUUGCUCAGAAGCAGAUCAUAAGCAGUUUGCAUGUUGCAUGCUUUUACCACUUCGCGGUCAUUGUCGUCACGCGGCCGUUUCUGGUGUCUGUUCUUGGUGUUCGACUAGCACGAGUGCACCAGGACUUGUCAGCGUCUGAUCAAGUGAGACCGGAGGAAGACCCGGCUCACUCCAAGUUAUCCGUAGCUUGCGUGGAUUCGGCCGUCUACAUGAUCCAGACGUGCUUGGAAAUACACCAGUCGCAGUUACUUUUGAACAACAUGUGCAUACUGAAGGCUUUCAUCUUCGCCGCGGCAUUGGUUAUCGGAUUUUCCAUGUUCUCGCAGAAGGAAGUAGAUUCCGCCCUAGACUCCGCGUUCAACGGUGCGCUCGACAUCCUCCGCAUGCUCUCACAACAGUCCGCACAGGCGGCUCAUUACCUCGAGAUCGUCACGUUUCUAUCAACAGCAAUAACCGAGCAACGUCAACGCCUAGCCUCACAGAGCCGAUAUAGUCGAAGUCGAUACGUAAGCAAGCUCUUUAGUCUGCACGGACGACGCCGCUCCCCCGAGCCCCAGGAGAUGGAAUCGUCCGGUGUCUCUCCACUGGCAUCGCAGAGUACUGCUCCACAGUCAGACGAACAUGCCGAUCGGUCUUUGACGAUGCCGGCUGAUAUCGACGAUGCAUUUUCGGGCUGGGAGGGGAUGGAGUUGCCGCUGUGGGACAGUUUUCCGUACAUUGCAGAGCCGUUUCAGUUGCAGGAUAGGACAAAUGAGGGGAAUAAUUAG